AACAACUCCAAGGACCGACCCUCACCUCAUGCCCGCGCACAUCUCAUAGCCUCACGACAAUGGCCGACCUCGACGCAACCCCCGGCCAGCUCAACUGGCGACUGAGCGCCCACCCCAUCACGCUGGUGACCUUUCUCAGCUUCCGCAUAUCAAGCCUUCUCGUCUACCUCUUCGGCCUGAUCUUCACCGACAACUUCGUCCUCAUCUUCAUCAUCACCAUGCUCCUCCUCGCAGCCGAUUUCUACUACCUCAAAAAUAUUGCCGGCCGAAGACUCGUGGGACUAAGAUGGUGGAACGAAGUGAGUGCGGGAUCAGGAGACUCGCAUUGGGUGUUCGAGUCGGCGCCGCAGCCAAAUGAGCCGGGUGGAAGGUUGAUCAAUGCUACGGAUAAGAGGUUCUUCUGGUUGGCGCUGUAUGCGCAGCCUGGACUGUGGAUUGCGUUGGCGAUUGUGGCAAUUGUGAGGUUCAAGUUUAUCUGGUUGACGCUUGUUGCUUUUGCCAUGGUGCUCACGAUCACGAAUACCUUGGCGUUCUCAAGAUGCGACAAGUUCAGUCAAGCGAGUGGACUGGUGGAGCGUGGGCUUUACUCUGGAUCGCUGGCGAGGAAUAUUGGAGGAGCUCUGUUCUCAAGAAUGUGGAACCGAUCGUAG